AUGCUUCGAGUUAUUGCUCACAAGGUGUUUCGACGUCAAUAUUCUCCACCAAAAGCUGGAGCAGCUGCAGCUGUGAAGGUAAUUUUUAGAGAAAAAAAGAGAAACUUUUGAGAAAUCAAUUGAAUUUUCAGGUUGAUAAAUCAUUUGUUGAAGAAGAUGCGGAGAAAUUGGCAACUCAUGUUUGCAUCAAUGCGUAUAUUCAGGGUAAAUUUGGAAUUUAACAUUUUUAUAGGAAUAUUUUUAAAUUGAAUAUAAUCACCCCAAUUCGUGUUCCUGAAUUAUUUUUUGAGUCUCCAAAAAUUUGAGAUCACCGAUUUUCCAACAAAAAAAUGUUAUUUUUUGUUAGAAGUUCUCAAAUUUUAGGGAUUUUGAAUGCAAUUCAAAUCAAAUUCAAUAUUUUUAUAGGCGAUGAACCUGGUCCAAAAAUUCUUGCUAAUUCUGAAUAUCCCGAAUGGCUUUUCAAAUUGGAUCUAAAACCACCACGUGCUUUCGAAGAUUUAGAUGCUGAAAAAGAUGGUUGGGCAUAUUGGAGAGCAUUGCGAAAAAGACAAAUUGAACAAAAUCGACGAAUUCAAAACUUGAAAACAAGGUUCUUGCAUCUACAAAAUAGUCCAAGUAUGAAAAAAUAA